GGGGCCGUCGCUCGGGGGCGAGGGCUCGCGCCGCGGCUCGCGCGCUCUCCUCCCGCUUUACGGCUGCUGAAAACCCGGCCCGCGCCCGGCAGCCGUACCGCAGACGAGCCCGCGCCCGCGCCGCUCAGAUCUCCCAGCUGGACAUUGGAAAUAACUUUUGAUGGUUUAGGUCUUCACUCAUUUGACCCCAGAUCCAUUCUCCUCUCCGCAUGCUCUGUAUCCUAAGAGACUGAUCUUAAGGAACUGCAUUAUCUGCUCACUAGCCUUCUCACUCUGCUGGGUUCAGCCAGUGGAAGAGGGAGGCAAGAAUUUGGGGAAAUGCUGUCUAGUUACUACCUUCCACAAGGAUUGGUGGUGAUUUUCCUUUUUCUCCUCACACACUAUCAUGGAAAGUGUUAUCUGGCCACAUGUGAGGCUCAGAGCUGGGGGAUAUUCAUGUUAUAACAAAUCCUUGAUUAACAGAGGCCCAUACUGAGCUGCAGUUCGCUCUCCUGUGCCCCUGCUGAGAAUUAUUGUGCAAAGGAAAUGAGCUUUGACUGUUGGGGACCUGGAUGAAGAGCCCUGGGUUCAACUUGUCAGAGUCCUGUAGCCUACAAAGACACUCUGGUUGCACAAGGAUCAUUCAAUUGAAGUAAAAAGAUGGCCUAUCAGAAGGUGAAUGCAGAUCAAAGAGCACCAGGGCAUUCACAGUACUUAGACAAUGAUGACCUUCAAGCCACUGCCCUUGACUUAGAAUGGGACAUGGAAAAGGAACUGGAGGAGCCUGGUUUUGACCAGUUCCAACUAGAUAGUGCUGAGAAUCAGAACCUGGAGAAUCCAGAGACUGCAGAUCUCAAUCUUGAUUCCAUUCAACCAGCAACUUCACCCAAAGGAAGAUUUCAGAGACUUCAAGAAGAGUCUGACUAUGUUACCCGUUACACAAGAUCUGCACCAAAGAGCAACCCCUGCAACUUUUGCCGCCUUUUGAAAGUACUUUGCACAGCCAUCAUUUUAUUUAUUUUUGGGAUUUUGAUAGGCUAUUAUGCACAUAAAAAAUGUCCUUCAAAUGCUACAUCUUCAGCAACGCUUGGUCUUCAGUUAUACCAAGAGAUUCUCGAGACAAUCCAAGCAGAAGAUAUUAAGAAGUCUUUCAGAAAUUUGGUACAACUGUACAAAAGUGAAGAUGACACAGAAAUUUCAAAGAAGAUUAAGACUCACUGGACUUCUUUGGGCCUAGAAGAUGUACAGUUUGCAAAUUACUCUGUGCUGCUUAAUCUGGCAGGCCCUUCUGCCAGCUCCGUGACUCUGCGCAGCAGCGGCCAAUGCUUUCAUCCUAAUGGCCAGCCCUGCAGCGAAGAAGUCAGAACACAGAGCAGCCAAGAUCUGCUCUACUCAUAUGCAGCCUACUCUGCCAAAGGAACUCUCGAGGCUGAAGUCAUUGAUGUGAGUUAUGGAAAUGCAGAUGAUUUAAAAAGGAUUCAAAAAAUGAAAAAUACAACGAAUCAGAUUGCACUCCUGAAAUUAGGAAAAUUGCCAUUACUUUAUAAGCUUUCCUUAUUAGAAAAGGCUGGAUUUGGUGGUGUUCUUCUAUAUAUUGAUCCUUGUGAUUUACCAAAGACUGCAAAUCUUAGCCAUGAUACCUUCAUGGUAUCACUGAACCCAGGAGGAGACCCUUCAACGCCAGGUUAUCCAAGUGUGGAUGGAAGCUUUAGACAAAACCGAUCAAACCUCACGUCUCUGCUAGUUCAGCCCAUCUCGGCGUCUCUCGUUGAGAAACUGAUCUCUUCUCCAAACAGCAGAACCAAAACUGGUGUCUGUAGCCCUCUAGGACUUCCAAAUAAUGAUAAAAGAAUUGUCAACAUGCAAGUUCAGACAGUUACAAAAUUCAAAACAGUGACUAAUGUUGUUGGAUAUUUAAAGGGCUUGACAUCUCCAGACCGGUAUAUCAUAGUUGGCAGCCACCAUCAAAGUGCAUACGGUUCUUAUGGACAAGAAUGGGCCAGCAGCACUACUGUAAUCACUGCUUUUAUCCGGGCCUUGAUGUUAAAAGUUAAGAAAGGGUGGAGACCAGACCGCACGAUUGUUUUCUGUUCAUGGGGAGGAACAGCUUUUGGCAAUAUUGGCUCAUAUGAAUGGGGAGAGGAUUUCAGGAAAGUUCUUCAGAGAAAUGUCGUGGCUUAUGUUAGUCUCCAUAGUCCCAUAAGGGGUAACUCAAGUCUACAUUCCAUAGCCUCACCAUCUCUUCGGCAACUGGUAAUAGAGAAAAAUCAUUUCAACUGUUCCAGAAGAGCUAACUGCCAAGAAACUAACGUCAGUUCCAUACAGAUACAAGGUGAUGCUGAUUAUUUCAUCAACCAUCUUGGAGUUCCCACCGUGCAAUUUGCCUUUGAGGACAUCAAAGCAUUAGAGGGUCCAAGUUUUCUCUCUGAGGCCCUUUUCCCUAAACGUGCAAGAAAAAUUGAAGAAAUGGAUCCUUUUUUCAACCUUCAUGAAACCAUUACCAAGCUCUCAGGAGAAGUGAUUUUGCAAAUUGCCAAUGAACCAGUUCUGCCCUUUAAUGCUCUCGAUGUAGCUUUAGAAGUUCAAAACAGCCUUAAAGGUGAUCAACCCAACACUCAACUGCUAGCUCUGGCCUCACGCCUGCGGGAGAGUGCUGAACAAUUCCAGUCAGAUGAGAUGCGUCCUGCUAAUGAUCCCAAGGAAAGAAUUCCCAUCCGUGUCCGAAUGCUGAAUGACAUUCUCCAAAACAUGGAGAAAAACUUCCUGGUACAGCAAGUGCCACCAGGUUUUUAUAGAAAUAUCCUGUACCACCUUGAUGAGAAGACAAGCCAGUUUUCAAUCCUCCUGGAGGCACAGGAGCGCUGCCAGUUACUUGCCUCAAAUGAGAGCCUUCAAGAAGCCCUGUCAGAGGUGCUGAACAGCAUUAAUUCAGCUCAGGUUUACUUCAAAGCAGGACUUGAUGUAUUCGAGGAUGUCUUGGCUGGAAAGAACUGAGUAAACUCUCAGCAUUUAAAAAGUUUGUUUACAAUUCCUCAAGCAAAAGCUCUAAUCUAACCGGAUUUUCUGACAUUGAAGACUUUCCCCCCAGUGACUUUUUAUACAAGUCUAAAGCUAUUAUGACAUCGUGUUUUUAAAUGUACAUAUAAAAGAGCAUUUUGCACAUUUAAUAUUUUCUUAUAUCGACAUCUCUGGAUAUGUCAAAGCGAGUUAUUGAGAUAAUCCUUAAGAUUUAUGUAUUAAAAAGAAAUCUGCUGUAUUUUUGUAUAUAUAAAAUAUGUGGGGGGAAAAGUUCCAAGAUGUUCUGGACAAUCUUCACUGCUAGGGAUAAAACAUAUAGGAAUGGAAGUCAAAACAUAUAGGAAUGGAAGCUAUUAAUGACCUAGUUUCUGUAAUAGAAAUGGAGAGUUGAUAUGAUUUCAGAUUAACUUCACUAGUAAGUAUUCAAUAUGAAGAAUUCAAGUAUUCCGACUGACUGAUUGGUCGACCAAAACCACUUUGAAUGUUUCUAUUUUAUGAAAUGAAGUGCCUGUUCGUAAUACAACUAGAUGUAGUAAUACACUGGUUAUGAAAUUGUAUUUUUUAAGUAUUAAUGAAAAAAAGAGCCAUAAACAUUCCAGGGGAAAAUCUCAAAGUAGCUGCACAGAGCAAUUUAAAUGCAAAUUUUUUCCUAACAACUUAUAAGGUGACUAGCUUUGAAACCCCUAAUUUGCUUCAGUUGAUUUUGUACAAAUUUCAGGAGUGAUAUAUGUCUUAUGAGGGAGAAAAUAUUUCUGAUUUCUUCUUCUGUUGGUUCUGUUGGAAGCACUGAAACCCAGCUACUCUAAAAUGAAAGCAUUUUGCAUCGCUAUUCCUUCUUGUAUUUUUUUCUGAAACUCCUUCCUGUAAGGCGGUUUUAACAGAAAACCAUGUAAUUUCCACAAGAAAGUAGCAAAGUUUCUCUUUGAAAACCCGAACUAUCUUGAAAAGCAUCAAAUUGCUAUUUCUGCCACUGACAAAAAGGACUUACAAUGAAAGAAAUAGUUGUUUGAUCAAUGGAAAACUUCUUAAUUCUGUGAAGAGGCUUUUGAUAUUUUUCCUUCUUUAUCCUUCAUUGUGACUAAGAUGAAAGUGUAGCAAAUAUUCAUGCUUCUAAUUUUAUGCAGAAAAUACAGUGUUACUACAAGAGUGUGUCUUUCCCACACUUCAGUUUUCUCCUGUGGAAAAUGAAGUUUUUCAUACUGACAUUGUCAUGAAAUGGCCCCAGCAUCCACUGUUUCCCCAAAAGCCCAACAUUCUGUCUGUUCGGUGACAGUUUGCACUUUGAGCUUUAUCCUUAGAAAUGUUCUUUUGGUAUUGAAUAAAGCAAUUCCCCUUAGGAAACGUACCCUCAGUAUAUUUUAUGUGAAUUGUCUCCACCUAACACAACACCCAGACACACUUCCCUUUGUAGAUACUCCACCAGAGCAACAUUACAGCCAAAGCUUGUAUGUCGAAGUCUCCAGUUUUUAUGGAUAAGCGUGAACCUACUCUUGGUUUAAUGAAAAGCUACAGCUGAGGGGAAAGAAUUAAUCAGUAUUGAUUAAUUGAUUUAUAAGGGUCAGCUGUUCCUAUCAUAAGUAAUGUUGAUAUGCUCAAGGCAAAGAGGAGAGUUGAUGCAAUUAGCUGGAUAAUUCAAGCAGAAAUCCAUUUUCCUAUGAGUUGCCUGUGUACGCAUAUUUUUAAGUGACAAAUGAAACUACCUUACACAGUUUUUUGGAAACCAGUGUGCUUGUUUGAAAAUAUUUCCUAUGUUGAGGAGUAUCUACAAGGAAAAGCUAAGAGGACCAGCUUCUUGUGUGCCUCAGUGUCAGUGCCCUGAUUUCUGGUCCACAGAAAUCAAUAGCAGAACAGAAGGGAAAGACACACACAAACACUGUUCAGGGCCAAAUAAGAGAAUGCUUUCUACCGAGGGAUCCUCCAUAUUUAAUCAAGCUUUCAUGUGUUCCUUCUAGUUCUUCAUUAUAGCUGAGGUUAAUAUAAACCAAACGACAUUUUGAAGAUGAAGCUGAAUUUAAAGCAAGCACAAGCAAAUAAUCAUUAGUUUGGUAGUUUAUCAUUUGAAAACAAAAUCCUAAGGACACUCACUCCCUUAGUCGGUAAGACUGUCGAGAGCACAAAAUACAUGUUUGUACGUUUUUGUCUAAAAAUUGCAUACCUACGUAAACCACAUUGCAUAGAUAAAAAUCUCAAUAUUAUGUAUUCUCCCUUCUAGAUUAUAUAUUUGCUAUUUGAAAAAAAAGCUAAAAUUAACUAUGUACUAAUGUGUUUUUAUUAGUCUAUUUAAGAGAUUAUGUGAAGAAAGUAAAUUAUAAUUAAAACGGAUGUCCACUAAUUCUAUGGAUGCUGCUUUAGAUCUUCGACUACAACAAACCUCUUAACUAGAACAUCACUGCUAUGGUGUUCCUCUAAAUUUAUAUCAUUUUAAUUUUUUUUUCCUUAACAAAUCCAAGUAGAUAAAAUCCUAUGCAAAUUAAUUACAAGUGUUUUUGGUGAAUUGAUAGUAGGUUCAAACUGUUGCGGAGAUAUCCGGGUGGCUGGUACUUCUCACAAUCCUUCGUUUAUAGAAUGGUGCCAGGGCACAAUGAGUCACAAAUGGUUAUUCUCCCAAGAAAAUAUGGCAUACAUUCACCACUUAAAUUUGGGUUCAAGAAAGGUAUGCGUGAGCUACUACCCUUUGUGGAAAAGCGGAGGUUGCAUGAAAAGAAAGCCUGAGACAUUCUGGUCUAAGACCUAGGACAUUACCUUUAGCCAGGGAAAGCAUUGUCACUCUCAUCAGUGGAAGUGAGUGAAGCCAAAGUGAUUAGCAACAUGAUAUAGUCCAUGGGUUAGUUAGUAGCAAAGACACUAAACUAAAAAACACUGGAAUUUAAAUUUCUCUGCUUUUUCAUGCAAUAUGUCCAGUCCUCUCCCUGAGGUGCUAGGGCUACAAAUGUUUUUUUCCAGUGCAUUCUAUGUAACUAGCAAUUUAACCAGAGGCUAUAUGGGAUGGAAUCCCUGCUUUUAAUUAAGGGUUCGUUCAUUCUCUGACUAUAGACGGAACUGUCUAUAGUUCCCUGUCCCUAGAGGGAACCCAGGAAAAGGACACCAAGACUGGGUACUUGGGAGAAAUGUCUCUACAUGACACCAGGAAGGAGAACAUUGAGUAAAAUGCUUCUAAGAGAGGACGUUUUAGCUUUGUAUUAAAUCAGCAGUCUAAAUCAGUAUUUCCCAAAUAUGGAUUUGGAGGAGUGAGGCCUAGGAAUGCUCAUCUUUAGCAAGAUUGCUCAGAUAAUAUUCAAGUACACUGAAUUUUAAGUUUAAGAAUUUCUAAUCUACACUGAUCCUGGGUCUUGAGAAACAUUACUUGGUAAUAUAUGUAAAUAAAGAGUCAUGAUAACAGGAAGGACCCAAAACUUUGCUGUUAAUGGCACCAUUAGAAGAAAAGAGACAGAGAGAAACCAUUGCAUCUCUAAAAAAAAAAAAAAAAAAAGGAUGAAAGGAUGCAGACACAGCUAACAUCUGUGCCUACUACAUGUCAGGCAGUAUUAUAGACUUUUUCACAUAUUUGUUUCUUCUAACUGAACCCCCACAGUAACCCAUUUUAGAAAUGAAGACAUUUGGUUGAGCAACUUGUCCAAAAUUCCACAGCUAAUAAAAAUGGCUGAGGUGUCUCCCUGCUGGGUUCUCUGGUAUUCAGUCCCGUGUUCCUCACACUGAGUGCUGCAGAAAACAUCAGAAGAAUUUUUUGGUUAUAGAACGUGAUGUAACUGAAAAUUUUAAUGUAUUUCUGCACAACUGAUCAGACUGUGUAGCCUGCCGUUUUACUAGUUUAAUUAAAGAGUUUGAAGAAACAAAUUACAUCAUUCCCUAUGAUGUUGGCCCACCCUAGCAAUGGUGGGCGUAUGUAGAUAAAUUAGAAGCUAUCUAUAAAAGCAUUAAAAAUAAGUGUACCAUUGUAAAAUAUCAUGGUAACUAGAUGAAACGACAUAAAAAGAGACGAGAAGCCACAUAUUUCACAAUUUCCUCCUCAAAAUGCCUGUAUAAUUUCGCUGAAAAAAAAAGAAGAGCAGGUGCUGGGAUUUACAACCACAGUUUUAUAUCAUCCUUAAAGCUUCAGAAAAACUAAUUGACUUUUUAAAAUACAUACACACACACAAUACACACACAUACACACACACAUACACGGCAUACAGUAGAUUUCCCCAUUGAAAAAAUAGGUGCAU